CAAAAACGGAGAGAAAAAAGAUAUAAAUCUCUGAACGGAAAAGUCGUUGCAAUUUUUUUGGAAUGAGAUACACGGUUAAAGACGUCCACACCAGUCAUUUGAACUGAAUCCACAGAGGGAGUGUGUCGAUUGCUACCAAAAAAUUGCACCUGACGUGUCUACACACGCUCAAACAGAGUCUUCCAUCAUAACAAUACAGUACUUUGCUCGUGCGAAGAACAGAGCGCAUCCAAGCAUGUUGCACAAAUUAAAAAGAAAGCGUUUGGUUCAAGUAAUGAGGAGGAGAAGAAGCCAACCUAUGUCAUCAAUUUUUUUGUGGGAAGAAUAUCUACGUUUGCGUGUGGUUGCCUGGUUGUUUGUCUAUUUGUUUUUCUGUCUGUCUGUCUGUUUGUCUGUCUGUUUGUCUGUCUGUUUGUUUAUUUGUGUAUUUAUUUGGUUGUCUGUUUGUUUGUUUGUUUCUGUUGUUUGUUUUUUGUUUGCUUGUUUGUCUGUAUUUUUGCUUGUUCGUUUGUCUGUCUGUUUGUUUAUCUGUUUGUUUGUCUAUUUUUUUGUUUGUCUGUUUGUUUGUUUUGCUGUUUGUUUGUCUGUCUGUUUGUCUGUCUGUCUGUUUCUUUGUCUGUUUAUUUGUUUGUCUAUUUGUCUGUCUGUUUGUUUGUUUGUCUAUUUGUCUGUCUGUUUGUCUGUUUGUUUAUUUGUCUGUUUGUCUAAUGAGUCCCUGUUUGUUUAUCAUUUAGUUGUAGUUGUUUGUGUAUUUGUCUAUUGGUUUGUGUUCAUGUUUUCCUUUGUUUCCAUCGUGUAUGGUAUUUUGUAUGGUAUAUAUGCAAUAUAUUCUGUUUCAUUGUGCUAGGCUGAAGACUGACGUUUACUUCAAACGAGGAGGUUCAUCAAGAAAUUCACAGGUUGAUACUGAUGUCAUGUCGUUUGAAUGAUUUGGGUGGUGCUGCAAUUUCAAGAGAAUGGACCAAUCAGGAGACAUUGCUUCUAAUGGAGGCUCUUGAGAUGUAUAAAGAUGAUUGGAACAAAGUGGCUGAACAUGUUAGAUCGAGGACUCAGGAUGAAUGCAUUCUGCACUUUUUGAGAUUGCCUAUUGAGGAUCCAUAUCUUGAAAGCUCAUCUGCGCUUGGUAACAUGAUACUGUAUGGUGUACAUGUAGUCAAUACUCUAAUGUAUUUGUCGGUGACACUUCAACGACUAAAUUCGGACAUAAUCAAUAAACAGGCAUUGACAAAUGUUGGCAAGAAGGAGUUUGGUACCAGCGGGCCAGCUAACCUUGCCAAACGAGAAUUUAGUUUUGACUUUUCAUAAAUUUAUGUUCGUGUGUGUGUGUGUCUGUGCUUGGUUGCAUUGUAGUUUGUAUUGUAGUUUGCGUUGUAGUUUGCAUUGUAGUUUGCAUUUUAGUUCGUGUCGUAGUUUGCUUGUAAUUUGCCUUGUGCUUUUGA